UAUCGAUCAAGAGAUCAUCGUCACCACCCGACUUUUGCUACCACUCCUACUACUACUACUACUACUACUACUACUGCUGCUGCUGCUGCUGCUGCUGCUGUGACCACCGGUACGGAUGGCGUACCCUACCCAGAAAAUGAUGACUAUUUCCGUAUUGGUAUCCAGACCGCUGUUGCCAUCUGCAUCCACAAAUUUCCAGAGGGCUUGAUUAUGUUCAUAUCCGGACAAGCAUCCGAGACGAUAGGAGUGAGCGUGUGCUUUGCAAUGACGAUCCACAAUUUCAUUGAAGGGUUCAUGAUUGCAAUGCCUCUGUACUUUGCCACCCAAUCCAGAGUCCGCGCCUUUUUUUAUGCCGCGUUGCUGGGCGGGAUGUCGCAACCUCUUGGAGCGGCGCUUGGGGUGGUUGCGCUGGACACGGUAACCCAGGAACAGCAGGAUGCGUUGUUUGGCAUUACGUUUGGCGUUGUGAGCGGAAUGAUGUCGCUUAUUGCUGUGCAGAGCAUGCUUCCCCAGGCAAUCAAGGCGGACCCACAGCAGCGCUAUGUGUCUGUGUUCUUUUUCGUCGGCAUAUUGCUGGUUGGACUGGCAUCGCUGCUGAAAUCAGUAUAACCAAAUGUGUACUCUGCAUAUGCCUCCAGCUGCAAGUGCUCGACUGCACAUGUAUCAUCAUCAUCAUCCUUUUAACCCAACCUAAGCUGGUAUCCAACUUUCUCUCUCUCUCUCUUUCUCU